AUGGUGAUCAAGUAUAAAGAUUCGAGUGUCGAAGAUUCGAGUGAGGGUUUCAUUGGGUUUGUGGCUCGCAGCGGAUACAAGCACGAGCUCGAAAUUGGUGAAAAUGACAAAGCAUCGCCUCGUCGCACUACGCCAAUACAUCACGCGAAUAAAUUAGGGUACUAUAAAAUCAUUCCUGAUCUUUUUAAAAUUUACAAUCGAUACGAUGUGAAUUGCGUCGAUGAGUCCGGGUUAACACAUUUUUAUGUGGCCUGCAAGUUUGGCUGCGACGAUGUUGUCAAAAAAUUUUUGAGGUUCGGCCAAGAUCCCGAUUGCUUCUGGUACAAAAUGAAGGAAUCACCGUUGGACAUGUCUUUGGAUAAUAACGAAGAUAAAAACCCACGAUUGCAGCUGAGAUACGAGGUUGACCCGAAGCCUUUCUAUUCAUAUAGAUCGACACCUCUGCAAAAUCUUUUAUGGAAUGAAGACAAUUUUUCCUCGGCGGAACUAUUCCUCAAGAUCAGCGAUGAAUUAAAGAAGCCAUCACUGAUCAAUGUUUGGGAAGAUUGGGGAAACAGACCACUGCUUUUAGCUCUGGAUAAUGAAAACAAGAAGGUGGCUGAAUCGCUGCUGAAAAAAGGCGCCAAUCCGAACGUGACUAAUGAAAAAGGAACGACUCCUCUGCACAUCGUUUCCAUGGGAGAACAAUGUUACGACUUGGCGAAGAUGUUAUUCAAGAUCUGCGAUGACAAGCAUCAGCCGUUACUGGUCAAUGCUCGGGACGGGUUUGGUGACACACCUUUGCACGUGGCAUUGAAAAACUCGUCCUACGGCAAAAAGAACGUGGUAGAGUUGCUACUGAGCCAUGGCGCUGACCCGAAUUUGACUGAUCGAAAUGGAAACACGCUUUUGCACAUCAUUUGCGCGGGUCGUAGUAAUCGCUAUUUCGUGGUGGAGAUUCUAUUCCAGGUGUGUCGAAAAAUUAAUCGGACGGUGCAGAUCAAUGCUCGAGACAAAGACGGUAACACACCGCUGCAUUUGGCUCUGGAAUAUCCCUGCGAAAAAGUAUUAGAUUUGCUGCUGCAAAAUGGCGCGGACCCGAAUUCACGAAACACUAAAGGGUUCUCUCCUUUGCACGUGAUUUGCGACGGUCUCCGUGGAGAUUAUGCUUUGAUGAAGAUGUUUUUCAAGCUCUGUAAAAAAAAUAAUCUUCGAGUUCAAGUCAAUGCUCAAGACGAAAUGGGUAGUCCUAUCGAUGCCCGAGACAAGUUGGGCCGUACACCCUUGCAAUGGGCCGUGGCUAGUCUCAUGCCGAAAGCAGUCGAUAUUUUGAUAAAUAAUGGUGCUGAUCUAUCUAGCUUCACUUUCCCCGACGAGAGUCACUUUAACGAGAUGUAUCAUUUUACAACCGAUGAUCCACCUUACGAUGGAAAAUUCGAACAUUUCCCAUUGAGACCAGCGUCCGGUGCUCUGGCCACCAUCGAACGUCUGCAGGAGCGAGGAUAUGAACUGGACCGAAGCGAUGUCUUGAAAAUCAUGAAUAUUUUCGCUAACUACGGGUUGUUCGAGAAAUCGACGGAUGUUUUAAAGUCUUUGUACGACGACAAGGAGUUUGCAAACGAAGCCACAGAGUGGAUGGUAAAACCGGACCUUUCGUUCUACAAAUUUAUUCAGUUACAGCCCAAAGAGUUGGAAAAACUGCUCACUUAUUAG